AUGUCUUAUCGCUGGAUUAUUGCAGCCCUCGCCUACUUGGUGACCAUCGCCGCAGCCUGGCAGGCUCCCGCAUAUAGCGGCUACACUCGUGUCUGGUACGACCCGUUCAGAGGAAACUGGGGCGUCUCAGUGAACCAAAACACAUGGAACGUCAUCAAGAAAGACAAGAACUAUAACAACGAACUUCAACGAUACACCGGAGAUCAGCGCAAUCUCCGCCUCAGUGGUAGAAGCACCCUCCAGCUAGUCCCUCAGUACACUCCCUCAACAAUCAGCAACUGGACAUCUGCUCGUAUCGAGAGCAAAUACACCUUGACUCCAGCCGUCGGCAAGAUCACCAGAAUCGAGGCUAGCAUCAAAUUUGGCACCAACUCGGCGACGCGCAAGCAGGGCAUCUGGCCUGCCUUCUGGAUGCUCGGCGACUCCAACCGACGAGGCGUCGCGUGGCCCGCCUGCGGAGAGAUCGACAUUAUGGAGAACAUCAACGGCCAAAGCAUCGGAUACGCCUCUCUUCACUGCAACAAGGCCCCUGGUGGUAUCUGCAACGAGCCCACUGGUCUUGCUGCUCAGACUCCUCUACCCGACACCAACUAUCACGUCUGGCGAGUGCAAAUUGACCGCCGAAACAGCAACUGGAAGUCACAAUCCAUCACAUGGUACAUGGACGGCAGGGUAUUCCACAAGGUGACUGGUGCCAAGAUCAACGACGCCAAGACGUGGAAGGCUCUCGCCUACAGCCCAUUGUACAUCAUCCUCAACGUCGCCGUUGGGGGCGACUGGCCCGGCAACCCCAAUAAAUACACAUAUGGAGAUAGGGGUAGUAUGAUGGAAGUAGGAUAUGUCGCUCAUUAUAUAUCCAAGUAG